AUGUCUCCAUUGACAGUCUACUCCCUAAAAAUCUCGACCCUUAACAUAACAUCGUUUUCAAAACUCAUCACUAACAUCAACCUCAACGUAGCAGCCAAAAACCUGAACAAAAGACUCGUCUACAUGUACGACCCCAUCACCGUAUCGCUUACCACCAACGACCGCAUCGAAAUAGGCGAUGGCUCGUCCCAUUCCUUCGUACAUGGAACGAAGAACACGACCUAUUUGAAAGCCGCCAUAACUAGCAGAAACAACCAAGAACUUGAUAAUUCUUCAGCAGGGAAGUUAAAAGCUGGUUUGAAGAGAAAGAACGGUCUGCCAUUGCAGAUGAAGCUGGAGACUAAAGUUAAAGCAAAGAUGGGAGAUUCGAAGACUUCCAAAGUUUGGGAUUAG